AUGGAACAAAAAAAAAGUAGUGAGUCCCCUUCAUUUAGUGAAAGGAUGAGUUUCAAUAAUAAAUCGUUUUUAGAUUUAAGUAACUAUAGUAAAGCUAAUUAUAAAAAGCAAGCUUCAAUAAACAAUACAAGUGAGAUAUGCGAAUAUUUUACUUGUAUAACCAACAACCAAAAAGAUAUAAGUAAAAAAUAUGAACAACUAUUUUCAUUGAUUAAAAAGUUUGGGAAAGAAAUUAAGUAUUUACUCGAUAAAAAUGAUGAAUAUAAUAAUAUUCUAAUAGAUACAAAAGAAUAUAUAAAAAAAAUAAAAUCUAAAUUAAGUGGCUCUUCUUGCAAUGAAUUUGAAAAUGUUGAAAGAAAAUUAUUUGAGGAUAGGAAUAAUGUUGAUGUAAUAGGGCAAAUUAUAGUAUACAUCUUCGAAGAAUUGCAAUAUUACAAUAAGAAUUCUUUUGAAUGCAAUCAAAAAAUUAAUGAUAUAAGAAAAAGCAUAGGAAGCAAAGAUGAAUGUACAAAACUGGAAAGACAAUUAACUUUAAAAAAUGAUGAAUUAAAGAAGGAAAUAAUAGAUAAUAUGAAUUCUUUGAAAGAAAAUCAUGAUUUGAAAUUAAAACUUAACGAUGAACGAAAUAUGUUUAAAAAAGACUUAGAGUAUAUGAAUUUGAAAAUUCGAUAUAUUAUUUUAAAAUUUUUAGUUCGCGACAAAAUGUAUAAUACAAAAAAAAACAUUUUUUUUACAUGGCUAAAUAUAAUAAGACGUAGAAGAGAAGCAAAAGUUAAAAUAAUAAAUUUUUUUUGUAAAAACCAAAAUCAAUUAUUAUUAUGUUGUUUCAACAAAUUAAAGGCACAAUAUUUUGAGAAAUAUCUAAUAGAUAAAAUUAGAUCCAUGAUGUUAAAUGGCUAUAGAAAUAAUGGUACUAGUUCUAAUAGCAACUAUCACAACAGUAAUAUAAAUCCGAACAUUAAUAGUGGUAUAAAUGGUGCCAAUAUCUAUAGCAAUAAUAAGCUUGAUAGCAAAGCUCGAUAUUAUGCUGAUAAAAAUACUUCAAAAGAUAGAAAAGGUAGUGUCUUUUCCAAUUUGAAUAGUCAUAAUAAAAUGAAAAGCAACAAUAUAUCAUUAAUUAGCAAUGAUAAUGAUUAUGAUAAUAUGGAAAAAAAAAGUGAAUCAUCAUUUUAUCAUGAUAAAAAAAAUAGCCAAGCAACUCGAAAAAGUGAUUUAGUAAAUUUGUAUGAUACCACGGAUGGUACUAGGAUACAUUCUAAUGAUGGAGGAAAAAAAAAGGAUACAAUAGAAUUAUAUAAUGAUGAUAAUGAAAAUAAUAAUUACGAAAAAUCAAUGUCCUUAUUUGAUAAUUACACUAAGCAACCAAAUUAUAACAUUGAAAAAAUGUAUGAAAAUUUUCAAAAUGAAAUAAAUGAAAAAGCUGAUCAAAAAAAUGUAGAUAUACUAAAUCAAACGAUAAAAAAAUUGAAUCAUAAAAUUAAUGAUAUAUUAGCUGCGCUGGACAAGCAAAAAAAAAUAAACGAACGUUUAAGUAGAAAUAUAGCAGAAAAUGAUAAUUCUUAUUCAAAUUAUAAAAACACAACAAACUAUAAAUUAUCACAAGCACACCUAAAAAGUUUAAAUAUUGAUAAUAAUGAAUCAUCAAAUUUGCUCUCAGAAAAAACGUUAAGUGAGUAUUUGACAAAUAAAAAUACCAGCUCAAGAAAUGAAAGCGCAAAUAAUGAUAACAGGAAAAAUACAAACAAUAAUAAAAAAAAACAAAACUAUGAUAAUGAUUAUGAUAUUAAUAAUAACAGUGGUCAUCGAAAAAACAAAAUAGAAAAUAUGUCUCAUAAAACCACAUAUGAUAAUAUUGAUAAAUGGAACAAUAAUAAUAAAAAAUAUUCCAAAAAUAAUUCUAUGGAUACAUCAAUUAAUAAUAGUAACUUAUUGUACCCAAAGGAAUACAAAUCUAACACUCGCCGAACUUCACGGAUAAAAAAUAACCACCUUGUUAGUAACGAUAAUAUUUCCGAACAUAAGCAUACCCAUAGUAAUAACCGAACUACUAGCCAUCAUAACAAAAAUGAUCAAAAAAUAUCUUUUAUAGAAAAUAGCAAUGAUACUGCUAAUACAGCGUCAGACAUAAAACUGAUUUUAAGAACUGGUGGAGGGUUUCGAAAAUUAAGUGAACAUGAUAAAAAACAUUAUAUUGAAAAAUUAAAUUAUUUGAAUGAUAACAAUUUAUUAGGUUAUGAAACCAAUUUAAAUAUUAAAAUAAAAGGACACCCAUUUAUGUGUAAUGCAAAUAAUAACCAUAAUAAUCAUCACGACACCAAAAAGGAAAAAAGACAUAGAUCUCUCUCAAAGUUUUAUAACAUGCAUUAA